GGAGGGGCAGCCUGAACCCCAGGAAUGUGCAGAGGCCACGGCUCCCCGCCAGGCUGUUCUGGAGCUGGAGGCCAGGGCCCCGUGCCUCUGGCCCCAGCAGGGGCUGCUAAACCAGCCAGCAAGGGGAUUAACGGGGCUGAACAGUCUGCCUUCCUUCAGACUGAUGCCAGGAGGUCAGUCCUAUCUCCCACCUCCCCGACCAGGCCCCUUGCUGGCUGGCAGCCAGGUCUGGCCCAGCCUUGAUGGGGUCCUUCUUCUGCCCCCCUCAGAUCUCAGACCCCACAGUGCAUAUUCCCUGGCCUGGCCUCCCCUGUUUUUGAUACAUAUUCCCCCCUACCCCCAGAACCCGGGAUUCCCUCUCCGCAACAUCCCCUCCCCAGCCCAGUCUCUCCACAUCUGGAUCUGGCCUCAGAGCCCUCUCCAGAAAGUUCUCUCUGAUGUCUAACUCUAGUCUUACCUGACGCAAAGUGGGAUUCCAUUUCCUUUCUGUCCUACAGAGGACAGAAAACCCAAGGGGCAGGUCAGCCAAGCAACAGCAAAGUCCAUCAUCUCAGGGCUGGUGCUGGGGCAGGAAUUAAAAUUGUAGGACAUGUGCACGGUUGCUAAAGGGGGUUCCCCGGCAGGAAGGCCCUGAGGGCAAGCAGGGUCACUCCUCCCAGCCCCUCCCCUCUCUCCCUGGGAGGCGGGGCCGAGGCACCCACCUGGGCCAGGGCCCCACCCUCCACCCCCAGGGGGCUGGCAGGAGCUUUGCUGGGGACCCUGCCCUGGCUCAGGCAGCUGCUGUGGGCGGGCCCCUGGCCUUCCCGGCCCCUCGGCCUCCCCCUGCAUUCUAGAGCCCAGAGCUUUUGCCUUUGCCGCUGCCGGGCUGCCACCUCUCCUUCUCAGCCUCUGGCCACUCGCCGCUCCCUCACCCCCCACCCAGUUGUUCCUCUCACCUGGCCAUGACCCCAGCUUCCCCAGGGACCCUGGCCCGGCCCUGAGCCCUGGGACCUCCAGCCCCCUCCUCCCCUCCCCUGGGCCAUGGCCAACUCAGGCCUCCAGCUCCUGGGCUACUUCCUGGCCCUGGGUGGCUGGGUGGGCAUCAUCGCCAGCACAGCCCUCCCGCAGUGGAAGCAGUCCUCGUAUGCGGGCGACGCCAUCAUCACGGCCGUGGGCCUCUACGAAGGGCUCUGGAUGUCCUGUGCCUCCCAGAGUACGGGGCAGGUGCAGUGCAAACUCUACGACUCACUGCUUGCCCUGGAAGGUCACAUCCAGUCAGCCCGAGCCCUGAUGGUGGUGGCCGUGCUCCUGGGCUUUGUGGCCAUGGUCCUCAGUGUGGUUGGCAUGAAGUGCACCCGGGUUGGAGACAGCAACCCCAUUGCCAAGAGCCGCAUCGCCAUCUCUGGGGGUGCCCUUUUCCUCCUGGCAGGCCUCUGCACUUUGACAGCCGUCUCGUGGUAUGCCACCCUGGUGACCCAGGAGUUCUUCAACCCCAGCACACCAAUCAAUGCCAGGUACGAGUUCGGCUCGGCCCUGUUCGUGGGCUGGGCCUCCGCCGGCCUGGCCAUGCUGGGGGGCUCCUUCCUCUGCUGCACAUGCCCGGAGCCCGAGAGAACCAACAGCAGCCCACAGCCCUACCGGCCCGGCCCCUCGGCUGCUGCGCGAGAACCAGUUGUUAAAUUGUCCGCCUCCGCCAAGGGCCCCCUGGGUGUGUAAUGUCCAGGUCCCCAGCCCGACUGUCCCCCUGCCACACCUAGACUGUGUGUUUGGUAUUUUUUGGAAAGAGAAGUGAACAUCCAGUCUUGAGUGUGGUGUCCUUCGAUCUGUCCCUGGCAUGGCUACGAUGGGUCCCUGGGUCCUUGCACAUACAGAUGG